AUGUCAAGGCUAGGCUCAUGGGCAGACCAUAUUAUCAUACAGGCAGUUGCGAAUGCAAAUAAUUUAAGAAUUCACAUCACGGAAAGUGCGCAAAAUUUUACUGAAACUACAGUUGUAACCUCUAUUUAUGCUCAGGGAAAUGUAAGAGAUAUUUAUAUCGGACAUCUUGACGAACUGCAUUAUGUUUCUACAACGCCAAUUGAACAAUCUGCUUCUCAACAAAUAGGAAAUCAGACAGCAACUGAUAAACAAAAACAAAAACCAAACCCACAAAAUUCGCAAUCUAAUAGUAAUAGUAAUAAACGUAUCUCAGAAAACUCCGUCUCAAUGAAAAAAAUUCAAAAAAGAAAAGAAUACAUGAAGGAAUACAUGAAAAAAAGAAGGUCGAACACCGAAUUUAAAAAAAAAGAAAGCGAGAGAAAAAAAUCAUAUAAAAAGAAAUACAAAAACUCGAAUUCUGAAAAAAUUAAGGAAUCUUGCCAAAAAGCCAGUGCAACAUACAGACAAUUAAAUCCUGAAAAAGUAAAAGAGAGUUCUAAGGCAGCUACUGCAACAUACAGACAAUCAAAUCCUGAAAAGGUCAAAGAAUCAAAUAAAACAGCCACUGCAACAUACAAAAAAUUAAAUCUUAGAAAGGUUGCCGAAUUGUCAAAAUUGUCAAAUAUUACGUACAAGCAGAACUAUUCGGAAAGAGUUAAGGAUACUCAAAAAAGGAAAUAUCUUAAAAGAAAGUUAGAAUGUGGUGAAAGUGAAACUAAAAUGACUAAAUACAAUAAAGUAGAUAAUUCGAAUGACAAUUCGUGUGAAACUCUGCAAAUAUCUGGUAACUCUGAUGAUUCGAGACAACAAAUCGACGUAACAAAGGCAACUGAGUUAUUUCAUAAGAACAUUAGUGUUGGACCAGAAUAUAUUUGCACCUGUUGUGACCAAUUAUGGUAUAGAUCAUCUGUCACUGAGUGCAAUGUUUCUUUAUAUAAAUCUUGUCCAAAACAAAUCCUUAAUUUAUGUCUUACUGGUCUGAAAAGCAUUGAUAACACUGAAUGGAUAUGUGGCACAUGUCACUCAAACUUAAAAGUUGGUAAAGUUCCAAGUUGCGCAAAGGCAAACAAAAUGACUUUCCCAGAAAAGCCCGAGGUUUUAAAAAAUUUAACACCUCUUGAAGAAAGACUAAUUUCGCCGAGAAUACCUUUUAUGCAGGUACGGGAAUUGCCUAGUGGAGGUCAAUUAAGUAUUCAUGGGAAUGUAGUUAAUGUUCCUGCUGACGUUAACACAACCGUUAGUGUUUUACCAAGACCAAUUAACGAGUCACAAACUAUUCCAAUAAAAUUGAAACGACGGCUUGGUUAUAAACACCAUUAUCAAUUUCAGAACGUUAGACCUACGAAAGUUUUAGAUGCAGCUCAAUACUUGGUUCGCACUAGUGAAAUAUUCCAGAACGAAGGAAUACAAGUAAUGGAUAAUUAUGUGUCAAAUUCAGUCAAUAAGGACGAAGAGUGGUCAGAAUUUAUUACUAAGAAUACCAAGGAAACUUCAGAUAAUCUGUCAAACGAUUUGAAUAUUGAAAAUCAAGAAACAGUGGAGACACGAGCAAGCAACGACUCCGUUGACAAUGACACUGAUGAUGAAUGGUGUGAAGUAACUGAACGACCAUCAGGUGUUAUGGAUACAUUAUUACAAGAACCUGACAUUACUCAAGAUGGUGAUAAAAUAAUCA